ACUCCGCCCUCCUCUGCGUGCUCAUUGGCCACCCAGGGCAUGCCCGGUCUCCAUAAAUGCAUGGUCCCCGGACAUAGGAACAUGGAGAGGGACAGGAGGAAACGCGGCACCAGCAGCAUCUCAUCUACUCUCCUUGACACCUCCUCCCCGUGGCUACAGCCAGACCCUAGAGGUCAGCCUUGCAGACCAACAGGAGGACUCCCAGCGUUCCCUUUUCAAGAGGUCCCCAGACCCCGGCUGCCCUCUUCCAGCGCCUGUGGCUAGCGCAAGGAGGAACCAGUGCUCUGAGGCUGUCGCGUGGUGCAGCGUCGAGCAUCCUUGCCGAGGUCCUUUCUGCUGCCUGUCCCGCCUCACCCCGCUCCAUCACACCAGCUGGCCCUCUUUGCCUCCCUUUCCCGGAAUCUUUAAGCUCCGAAUCCCACCAGCGCUUCCUACCAACCUCACCCCACCCCGUCCCUGUGCCUUCCCGCGCUCCGGUGUCCCCCGCUGCCAUGAGCUCCCCCAUCAGCAAGAGCCGCUCGCUUGCCGCCUUCCUGCAGCAGCUGCGCAGUCCGAGGCAGCCCCCGAGACCGGUGACAUCUACGGCGUACUCGUCCCCUCGGCCGCGAGAGGUGCCAGUCUGCCCGCUGACAGCUGGUGGCGAGACUCAGAACGCGGCCGCCCUGCCGGGCCCCACCAGCUGGCCACUGCUGGGUAGCCUGCUGCAGAUUCUCUGGAAAGGGGGGCUCAAGAAACAGCACGACACCCUGGUGGAGUACCACAAGAAGUACGGCAAGAUUUUCCGCAUGAAGUUGGGUUCCUUUGAGUCGGUGCACCUGGGCUCGCCAUGCCUGCUGGAAGCGCUGUACCGCACCGAGAGCGCGUACCCGCAGCGGCUGGAGAUCAAACCGUGGAAGGCCUAUCGCGAUUACCGCAAAGAAGGCUACGGGCUACUGAUCCUGGAAGGGGAAGACUGGCAGCGGGUCCGGAGUGCCUUUCAAAAGAAACUAAUGAAACCAGUGGAAGUGAUGAAGCUGGACAACAAAAUCAAUGAGGUCUUGGCUGAUUUUAUGGGCAGAAUAGAUGAGCUCUGUGAUGAAAGAGGCCACAUUGAAGACUUGUACAGCGAACUGAACAAAUGGUCGUUUGAAAGUAUCUGCCUCGUGUUAUAUGAGAAGAGAUUUGGGCUUCUCCAGAAGAAUGCAGGGGAUGAAGCUAUGAACUUCAUCAUGGCCAUCAAAACAAUGAUGAGCACGUUUGGGAGAAUGAUGGUCACUCCAGUCGAGCUGCACAAGAGCCUCAACACCAAGGUCUGGCAGGACCACACUCUGGCCUGGGACACCAUUUUCAAAUCAGUCAAAUCUUGUGUUGACAACCGGUUGGAGAAGUACUCUCAGCAGCCUAGUGCAGAUUUCCUUUGUGACAUUUAUCACCAGAAUCGGCUUUCAAAGAAAGAAUUGUAUGCUGCUGUCACCGAGCUCCAGCUGGCUGCAGUGGAAACGACAGCAAACAGUCUCAUGUGGAUUCUCUACAAUUUAUCCCGUAAUCCAAAAGUGCAACAAAAGCUGUUUAAGGAAAUUAAAAGUGUAUUACCUGAGAAUCAGGUGCCGCGGGCAGAAGAUUUGAGGAAUAUGCCAUAUUUAAAAGCCUGUCUGAAAGAAUCUAUGAGGCUUACGCCGAGUGUACCAUUUACAACUCGGACUCUUGAUAAGGCAACAGUUCUGGGUGAAUAUGCUUUACCCAAAGGAACAGUGCUGAUGCUAAAUACCCAGGUGCUGGGAUCCGAUGAAGACAAUUUUGAAGAUUCAAGUCAGUUUAGACCUGAACGUUGGCUUCAGGAGAAGGAAAAAAUUAAUCCCUUUGCGCAUCUUCCAUUUGGCAUUGGAAAAAGAAUGUGCAUUGGUCGCCGAUUAGCCGAGCUUCAACUGCAUUUGGCUCUUUGUUGGAUUGUCCGCAAAUAUGACAUCCAGGCCACAGACAACGAGCCUGUUGAGAUGCUACACUCAGGCACCCUGGUGCCCAGCCGGGAGCUCCCCAUCGUGUUUUUCCAGCGAUAAGAUGGCUCAGAUUUUUUUUUUAACCAAGACCAAAACAGCCAUUUCGACUUUUCUGCAAAAAUGGUGCUUACGGCUUCUGCAUUACCGGAACGCAAACUUCAAAAGCCCACAUCAUACAAUAGCUUAUAAAGAAUAUUUAGGCCCAGGUGUUGAUAUUUUUUCUUCUGCAAAAUUGUUCCAGAAGCUAUACUGUCUUUCUAGACCGUGGUAUUUGUUAACGUCAUAUCCAACUCAGGGAAGCGGACUGAGUGCUGGGAUUCAAGGCAUUCUACAGGGUUCACUGCUGGUUUACACUUCACCUGCGUCAGCGCCGUCCUCAGGUGCUUAGAAUGGCCUGGGAGCCUGUUCUCUCUCGCAUCUUCCAUGACAUGAAAGGGAGGCUGGCACUUGUCAGUCAGGUAGAGGUUACGAACCGUUUCAGCCCCUGGCUGCCACAUUCACUGUCUGAAUCUUUAAUUCCCAAGAAUAAGUUUACAUUUCACAAUGAAAGACCUACAACAGCUAAAUUUUCUGGGGCUGGGAGUAAUACUGACAAUCCAUUUACUGUAGCUCUGCUUUAAUGUACUACUUAGGGAAAUGCCUGCUUAAUAAUGGAAGCCAAGCUAAAUGAUCGUUAAAGUGAUCAGGCCUCCCAUGAAAUUGCGUUCUUCCUGAAUUGAAAUAGAAACAUUAUUGGGAAACUAGAGAACACCUCUAUUUUUAAAAGGACUUUAAUGAAGUCAGACAUCUUAUAAGACUAGUGAUUCACUGGGGCAUCAUUUUGUUAGAGGACCUUAAAAUUCUUUAUUUUUUUAAUGUGAUUCCUUUAUGACAUUAGGGUAAGGAUGAAGCAACAAUUUUUAAAUUGUGUAUGUGCAUAUGAAGCAGAGACGUGCGUGUGUGUGUGUCUGUGUAUGUGUGUGUGUUCUAAUGGUAAUUUGCCUCAGUCAUUUUUUGUAAUAUUUGCAGUACUUGAUUUAGGAUCUGUGGUGGAGGGCAAUGUUUCGAAGUUUAGUCACAGCUUUAAAAUAUUCAAUGUGACUUUAAUAUUAUAAAAUGAUUUCCCAUGCCAUAAUUUUUCUAUUAAAUAGGACAAUUAUAAAGCAUGCAAAAGUUAGAGAUCUGCUAUAUAACAUUUGUUUUGUGAUUUGAACUCCUAGGAACAAUAUGAUUUCAUAAAUGUAAAAUGCAUAGAAAUGCAUGUAAUACUUGUAAGACUUAAAAAUUGUGUUUACAGAUGGUUUAUUUGUGCAUAUUUUUACUACUGCUUUUCCUAAAUGCAUACUGUAUAUAAUUCUGUAUAUUUGAUAAAUAUUUCUUCCUACAUUAUAUUUUUAGAAUGUUUCAGAAAUAUACAUUUAUGUCUUUAUAUUGUAAUAAAUGUGUACAUAUCUAGGUAUACACUUUCUCUCUGCUAUGAAAUUAUUUUUAGAAUUAUAAAUUCACAUGUCUUGUCAGAUUUCAUCUGUAUACCUUCAAAUUCUCUGAAAGUAAAAAUAAAAGUUUUUAAAUAUU